GCGUUUAUUUUAUAAGCUUAACUUCAAUAGUCUUUAAUCUUUAUGAAUUAAUAGUCUAUGAAUCACAUAGACAUAUUAUACAACAAUUAUUUUAUUUUAUUAUAGCUUUAAAACACCUUUUACAUUAUUUAUAUUAUUAAGUUUAAAUUUGACAUGGAAGCAAGAAUUAGUCAUCAUAUUCAAGGUAUAUUUAUGCUAAACAGAAAAUCUAUUCCUCCAACAUUGAAUAAACAUUUAACAAAUAAAAUAUUCAAUAAACCAAACAAAGAAGCUAUGGAACAAGUGUUAUAUUAUCUACUUCCAUUAACAGAUCCAAAUUGUUUAAAAACAAUACCUUGGCCAAUAACAACUUUUAAAGAAGCUGCUGAAUUCCGUAAUACAGCUACACAACUAAUUAAUGGCUUAGAUGGGUUUGUUUAUGAAAAAUCUUCAAAUGUAGUUGGAAAAGUGAAUUCAUCAUUAUUAGCAAAUCCUGGUGGACCUGUUUUUAUUUUUUUUAUGUAUCAAUUUUGUUUAUACAUUAAAUGUUGCGAACUGAAGAAAAGAGGUAUUAUUUAUUUAAAUGCACCGCUGUAUAUUGAAGAUAAAUUAAUUGACAAAAAAAUAUCAAUGUUUGAUGGAAUAUCAAAUAGUAAUUUUAAUAAAGUAGAUGAAAUAAUUUCUCGGAUUAGCUGUACUCUCAAAAAUACUACAGAUAUAGCUUCAAAAUAUAAAGAAAUCAUUCAAAAUAGUAAACAGCGUAUUAAAGAUAUUAAAUCUGAAUUACUUAACAUUGAACAUUGCGAAGCAACUGAAAAUGAAGUUUCUGAAUUAAAAAAAAAAUAUAUCAAUUUAUAUACUAACUUUCAACAAAAUAAUUUGAUUGCUUUGAAGUGUGCAAAAUUAACCGAUAUUAUAUUAAAAUCUCAAGAAACUUUGGAUGCAAAUAUAGUUAAUUUAACUUUUGAUAUAAAACGAGAAGAAUUAAUGGAUGGUUAUGGAAAAGUAGAUCUUGUGAAAUUCCUUAAAACCAUAAAAAAUACUUUAAAUGGUUAUAUAAAUUGGUGUGAACAGUUAAAUGACGAAGGAAAAAUUAAUAUUAUGGUACAAGAAUCACAACAAUCAGUUGCUGAUAUGACAGAACAAAUUCUGUCCUAUGAAAAACAUAUAAAUGUCUUAAAUAGUAUAGUUGAUAAUUUAAAAAUUGAAAACCAAAUAUUAUAUAAAGAAGUGUUUACUGGUAAAAGUCUUGAAAAUCUUGAUCCAAGAAUACAAUCAGUUUAUAAAAAUAUUCCUCCAAUAAUUUUUAAAACAGAUUUUAGUGAUAAACCAAAACCAAUGACUUCGGAAGGAAGUAAUAAAUCAAGACGAUCAAUUUUACUACACUCUAGUAGUCAACCUUAUAAGUAUCAAACUAUAGAUUUUGAUACUAUUAAACGUGUAUACAAUGAAACAUUACCAAAUCCCUUCAAAGAUGAAAAUGUACAAGAUGAAAUGGCGGAUGAAAAUAAUGAAUUGCAUGAAUCAGUAGUUAAAAUAUUACAAAGUUCUCACAGUGAAAAUUUACAGGAUGAUACAUGUGCUGCCUUUGAAAAUGAAUCUGUAUUAACAACUAAUACUGCAAUAAUGGGUGAAACUAAUGUCAUAAAAAAUGGUCGCCAAUCUCAAAUUAAAGAAGAUGAAAUUAAAAGUGUAUCUAUUUCACGAAAAUCAAUUGAGAACAUAAAGCAAAAGUUUAUUAGAAUUAAAAAACAAGCAAUGAGUACAAUUCCACAUUCACCUCAGUCACCAUUUUAAAUGCAUUAAUUAUCAGUGUAUUACUUAUGUAUUAUAAUUAAAUACAAAAAAGUAGAUAAUUAUUUUGUUGUUAAAACCAUCAUAGCAAUUAAUAUAUCAUGUACAUAAUAUUUUACUAACUACCUUUGUACCUAUGUGUCAAUCAUUAUAAUAAAUAUAAUAUAAAUGUUUACCAACUCAAUAA